UGGAGAGAGUGGUGCAGGGAAGACAGAGAGUACAAAGCUGUUGUUGCAGCACAUCAUGAACCUAUGCAAGGGCAACUCACAGCUCGAGCAGCAGAUCCUUCAGGUAAAUCCAUUGCUUGAAGCUUUUGGCAAUGCCCAGACUGUGAUGAAUGACAACAGCAGCCGCUUUGGAAAAUACAUACAGCUGCGUUUCCAGAAGAGUACAGUGCAAGGUGCAAAGCUGAAUGAGUACCUCUUAGAGAAGUCACGGGUAGUGCAACAAGAUCCUGGGGAGAGGAAUUUCCAUAUCUUCUACUACAUGUUUGCUGGACUCUCUUCAGAGGAAAAGCAGAUUUAUGGGCUAUUGGAUCCUUCACUCUACAGGUACAUAAGUGGACGAUUUGGUACACAGGAUGUAGCUCAGCGCUGGAAGCACAAAUACCAAGAGGUGUGCAAUGCCCUUGACAUAGUGGGCUUCCAAGAACAGGAACAAGUAGACAUGCAGGCUAUCUUGGCUGGUGUGUUGUCUCUGGGCAAUGUGACCUUUGAGCCUGAGGAGAGCAAUGGGUCUGUUAAAGUGAGUGAAGCCUCCCAGGGAUGGCUGAAGGCUGCGGCGGGUCAGUUUGGAGUCCAGGAAGAUGAGCUGUUAAAAUGCCUUAUUUGUACCAUGUCAGUGACCCGAGGGGAGCAGAUUCAGCGUUUUCACACCCAGCAGCAGGCAGAAGAUUCUCGGGACUCCAUUGCAAAGGUGGCUUAUGGCCGAGUAUUUGGCUGGAUUGUUUGCAAGAUCAAUGAGCUGCUGGCUGAGAAUGUGAAUCCUGAGGUGGAACUGAGGGAGAUAGGUAUCUUGGAUAUUUUUGGGUUUGAAAACUUUGCAGUGAAUCGUUUUGAACAGCUUUGCAUAAACUUGGUCAAUGAACAGCUGCAGCACUUCUUCAACCAUCUGGAGCAGGCUGCCUAUAAGGAGGAAGAGCUGCCUUGGGAGACUAUCACAUUCAACAAUAAUGAACCUAUUCUGAAUCUGCUCCUGGCCAAGCCACUUGGGCUCCUGUCUCUUCUGGAUGAGCAAAGUGCAUUCCCUCAGGCAACUGACAAGACGUUUGUGGAUAAGCUGAACAGCAGCUUCAAGGGGAAUUCACACUUCCAGCCAUGCCGAGGCCGUGUUUUGGGCUUCAGUAUCAUUCACUAUGCUGGAAAAGUACAAUAUGCUGCUGGGGGCUUUCUGGAGAAGAACAGAGACACCUUGCCAGCCAAUGUCCGUGGGCUCUUCAUCAACAGCAUCACCCCAUUGCUCAGUGUGCUGUUCACAGCCACUAUCUCCAGGACAGGGACACUGAUGCCUCAUAUGAAAGCCAAGGUCUUACCAGGAGCAGACAAUUUCAACAGCACACGAAAACAGUCUGUGGGAGCUCAGUUCCGGCAUUCCCUGAUGAUGCUCAUGGAGAGGAUGUAUUCUGCCAACCCGCACUUCGUGCGCUGUAUAAAGCCCAACAGCCAGAAGGAGCCAGGUGUGGUGGACAGCCAGGUGAUGCUGCAGCAGUUCACUCCUUUUGAUAACUUCUUGGACCCUUCUGCACUUCAUACUGUUUUGGGGACAGAGGAACAGGCUGGAGAAGAGGCAAAAAUGAGGCAAUUCAAGAGAGGGGCAACUCUCCGCUGGUUCAAGGAGACGCAGGCUGAGAAGGUCAUGGAGGAUGAUGGGGCCUUUCCAAGCUGGCUGUACGGGAUGAUCAGCCGGAGGGAAGCUGAAAACUUGCUGACUGACAAGCCUUUGGGUUCCUUCCUUGUUCGGAUCAGCCAGAGCCAACCAGGCUACACCUUGUCAUACAGGGGCAAAGACCGCUGCAGACACUACAUGAUCCAGACGCAGCCCAAUGCGCGCUAUGUCAUCCUGGGGGAAGACAGGGUCCAUGCCUCACUCACCGCCUUGGUUCGGUACCACCAGACUGUGGGCAUCAAGCCCUUCAUGGAGACACUGACUGUUCCCUGUGGGCAGAAAAGCAGUGAGCGUUUGGAUUACAAAGAUCUGGAAUGCCUCACGCUGGGUCUGCCAGCAG